AUGGACAGGUCAUGGUUAACAGCUGAUAGAAGAACAAAAGAGUUUGAGAAUGGAGUGGACGAUUUACUUAUGUUUGCCUUUGAGAAUGGAUAUAACGAAGACAAAAUAAGUUGUCCAUGCUUAAAGUGCGCACAUAGCAAAUCUUGGACAGCUCGGACUGUUAAAAACCAUUUGUUUCAAUAUGGUAUUGAUCAAACGUAUACUCGCUGGAUAUGGCACGGGGAGCCAAAUCUUGUAGAAAGUCCUGUAUUGGAUGAAAGCGACAACUCAGUAUCUUCUAAUUACCAGUUUUGCACAAGAAUGGGUGAAGCUGACGAUGAUGAUGUUCUUUCUUCAAAUUCUUCUGAUUUUAUCAACCAUGUGAAAGGUGAGCAUGAACCUCUUUAUCCUGGUUGUGAGAAUUACACUAAGAUGAAAGCUUUGGUUAAGUUAUUCAACUUGAAAGUGAAGCAUGGUAUGUCUGAUUCAUGUUUUUCUGAUGUUCUAUUAUUGAUUGGGUCUUUGCUACCGGAAGGCAACAAAAUCCCUUCUUCUUUCAAUGAAGCGAAGAAAACCUUAUGUGCAUUAGGAAUGGGUUAUGAUAAGAUACACGCAUGCCCGAAUAAUUGUCUACUAUAUCGUGGGCCACAAGAUGAAGAUGAGACUACUUGUCGCAUAUGUAAGGCCUCUAGAUGGAAACUGAAUAAGAAAGGAGAAGAACAGGAAGGAGUCCCUGCCAAGGUCUUAUGGUAUUUCCCCUUGAUACCAAGAAUAAGAAAUUUGUUCAAUACACCAGCGAUUGCGAAGGACAUGACUUGA